ACCGAACCAAAACCCCAACAUAAAUCCUCGUCCUGCCUCUUCAAAAGAGUUUUUUUUCCCAUAUAGAGAAAAAAGAACAAAACCCAAAAAAAAAAAAAAAAAAAAAACAACACAAUGGAGAGCGCCCUAGCGAGCGCCGCAGCGAUCACAGACCAGAGGCAGAAGAUCGAGCAGUACAAGCUCAUCCUCUCCUCCGUCCUCGCCUCGUCUUCGACCGACAUCAGCCAGGCCAAACGCUUCAUCGAUCACAUGGUCUCGGAUGAUGUUCCUCUUGUCGUGUCGAGGCAAUUGGUUCAGAUGUUCGCUCAGGAGAUUGGGAAAUUGGAGGCCGACUUGCAGAAGGAGAUUGCUCAUUACGCUUUGGCUCAGAUCCAACCUAGGGUUGUCUCUUUUGAGGAGCAGGUUUUGAUCAUUCGAGAGAAGCUUGCUGAGUUGUAUGAAUCUGAGCAGCAAUGGUCUAAAGCAGCUCAGAUGCUAAGUGGGAUUGACCUGGACUCAGGGAUAAGGAUGCUUGACGAGACAUAUAAACUGUCCAAGUGUGUCCAAAUUGCUCGUCUCUAUCUCGAGGAUGAUGACGCUGUCAAUGCAGAGGCUUUUAUCAACAAAGCUUCCUUUUUGGUUAGCAAUAGUCAUCAUGAAGUUCUUAAUUUACAGUACAAGGUUUGCUAUGCAAGGAUAUUAGAUCUAAAGCGGAAAUUUCUGGAAGCUGCACUUCGUUAUUAUGAUAUUUCUCAGAUUGAGAAACGCCAAAUUGGAGAUGAGGAGAUUGAUGAGGAGGCAUUGGAGCAAGCUCUAAGUGCUGCUGUAACCUGCACGAUAUUGGCUGCAGCAGGUCCCCAGCGGUCACGUGUUUUAGCUACUCUAUACAAGGAUGAGAGAUGCUCAAAGUUGAAAAUUUACCCCAUUCUACAGAAGGUGUACUUGGAAAGAAUCUUGAGAAAGCCAGAAAUUGAUGCAUUUGCUGAAGAACUGAAAGCUCACCAGAAAGCUCUUUUACCAGAUAAUUUCACUGUCCUGGAUCGUGCAAUGAUCGAGCAUAAUCUUUUGAGUGCAAGCAAACUUUAUACAAAUAUAAGCUUUGAAGAACUAGGCGCUUUACUAGGUAUUGCUCCUCAAAAGGCUGAAAAGAUAGCUUCACGGAUGAUAUAUGAGGAUAGAAUGAGGGGAUCUAUUGAUCAGGUUGAGGCUGUCAUACAUUUUGAGGAUGAUACGGAAGAGUUGCAGCAGUGGGAUCAGCAGAUUGUGGGUCUGUGCCAGGCGCUUAAUGAUAUUCUUGACAGCAUGACAAGCAAGGGAGUGCCGGUUCCCGUAUGAAGAAAAUCUGUAAACUCGCAUUAAUGGUCCACAAAAUGGAAAACGUACUGCAGAAUUUUCCUGAUAGUUCCUGAUAUGCUCAACUUUGAAGCAUUGUAUAUGGCAAGUCAUUUAUGCAGACGUGUUAAAUGGAUUAACCCCCCUUUUUUACCUUUCUUUCAUGGUGCCCAUAGCUUGAAUGUUUUCGGCUGUAGUUUAAACUUGAGCAUCAAAUUGACAGCUUGGGGCACGUCUUCAAUGAGAUUCUUUUAUGUUUUUUACCUGGUUUAAUGUAAGGUAAUAAUGUGAAUAGACUAACAACUCAUUUUUGUUAGAUGAGAUGUUAAGAAUAGAGUGAUAAAACCCACGUACUAGUUGUGUCA